AUGAUAGAAUCCAGUGAAGCCAGGGUGAUUACAAACCAGGAUUGGGUGGACCAGGGGAUGAAGGAUGACAGAGUGGUAGGGAGGGUCACUCUUCUGAGGGACUGUGACAAGGCUCUGAAAUCAUCAUCUUUACAGGUGGAAGCAGGCACUACUCCUUUUCGAUAUCGCCCUCUGCCCGGCCCUGGCCCCCCCGUCGGGCACCACGUCCUCCUCCUGCCCCGGCCCAUCCGCCACCCCCAGGUACCUGCACACCUCGGACGGGCUCCAGCUGUGUCUCCAGUGCCCACCGCUGGGACUGGUGCCUCCGGGUCAGCCCAGCCCUGCUGCAGGGUUGCCGUAGCCUGGACUUUUCCAGAACAGCUCCAUCGGGGCGGGGAGCAUGGGUACGGCCAGGAGUCGGGAGGGUUCGGCGGAUUCCUUAUGGAUUUGGUUGGUGCCUCGGUGUUUUUUUCUGCCUUUCUGGAUAAAGACGCUCUUGCUUUUGCCCAGGUCCUGCUGACCAGCGGAACGAAGUUUCUGUAUUCGGGCGAGUUUUCUGUAAAUCCCCUAUUGGGUAGGGCUCAGCAUGGUGCCAUUGCAGAGGGACAUGGUUCCUGCCUGAGAGUAAGUCAAAGGGCAGAGAGGAGAUGUUGUUAUGAAGCAUUGUUUUGUUUUGUUUUUUUUGUUUUUUUCCAUUACCGUGUGGGAACUCAUGGUGUGUAUUUGAAGGAUCUAGAAGAGAGAAAAGAGCAAGAAGCUGGUAACAGAAGGGGUAUAGAGAAGGCUGCUAAUAAUCUGAAGGGAAAGUGUGGCCUGCUUCUCUACUGGGUGGUCAUUUUCCAAGGAGAGACAUCUUGCUUUCUCUUGCAGCUUCAAAGACUCAGACAGCUUCUGCUUCUCAGCAAGAUGGUUCAUUCCCUAGAUGCAUCACAAUCUACUACUAUCAAAGAAAGAAAAGAGGGAGUCUCUAGAGGCAGCUGUCAGACAGUGACUGAGCUCCAAUUACUACUUCAGGAGGAGGAGAGUCUAGCAGAAAACUUAAUUGAUGGAAAGACUCAGCAGGCUCUGGAAGCACAUGAUAAGCAGUUGGAGUCCUGUCAACAAAAGCUUGCAACCCUGGACAGCUUCUUGCAUCAAAUCAGACAAUUACAACAACACAGUGACCCUGUUCAGUUGCUGGAGAAAUGCACAGGAAUUGAAAAGGAAAUGCAAGAGGCCAGGCACCUGCUGGAACAGUGGCAUCCAGUGCCUUUUUCAUUUGAGCACAUACGUAACCAUUAUAAGCACUUUGUGACAGUUCUUCAGUCCAUGCUACAGAAACCACUAGAAACCCAGCUUAAAGAAGAUGUUUUCAGUAGCCUUAAUGCCACUACAAAGAAGGACCCUGGAAUAGUGUUAAAAACCCUGUCUCCUGUUGAUCAGUUGCUUUUCUUAAAAUAUGCGAGAUCACUGACCUGGGAUUACAACAGCCUUCACCCAAGGCUGAAAUUGUCUGAUGACAGUCUUGUAGUAAACAGGAGCUGGAGGAGAAUAUUUUACCUGUGCGGUCCCCAGAGAUUUGAUAAAUUAUGGCAAGUGCUAAGUAGAAAUGCAUUCCUUUCUGGAAGCCAUUACUGGCUUGAUCUGGAGCAUGCUGGAGCAGGAUGGUGGAUUGGCACAGCCCAGCCUUCCAUUGGCAGGAAAGGAGACUCUGAAACCUGUCAACUGGGCUGGAAUUGAGCAUCUUGGUUCCUUAAGAAGUUUGAUUUUGAAAACUGGGUAUUUCAGAAGAGAGAGAGAACCCCCAUCCUGAUAGAAGAUAAUCCUGAUCGCACUGGUGUUUUUCGGGAUUAUGAAGCAGGAAUCCUUUCAUUUAGUGUUACUGAUGGCAUGACUCAUUUGCACCCCUUCUGCUCCACGUUCACAGACCCAGUUUACCCAGCAUUGAGGCUCUGGGGAGGUUCCACUGCAAUACACAAACUGACAUAA